ACAAGAUCACCAUGAUGACAUAGCAGCUUCAGAGAACAGCGUGACUAGGGCUUUUUUUUUCCCCUCUUGUAACACAGAGGAUCUGGCAGACUUUUACCUCCUGACACUGUUUAGAGCAUAUAUUGGUGGAUACAGCCUCUUAUUGCAUCUGCUCUGGGAAUUAAGGAAAGCAGCUUGAAGGCAGUAAGGAACAAGACACAUUAGAAAGAUGACUCUAAACUCCCUAACUGUCUUUCUGCUGUUGAUUAGUGGCAUUUUUUGCCAAUAUGACUACGGUCCUGGAGAUGAUUAUGGCUAUGAUCCUUUUGGGCCAUCCGCAGCAGUCUGUGCCCCAGAAUGCAAUUGUCCUUUAAGCUACCCUACUGCCAUGUAUUGUGACAAUCUUAAGCUGAAAACCAUUCCAAUUGUACCAAGUGGAAUAAAAUACCUUUAUCUCCGAAACAAUAUGAUUGAAGGGAUUGAAGAGAACACAUUUGACAAUGUAACAGACCUACAGUGGCUGAUCCUGGAUCACAAUCAUUUGGAAAAUUCAAAAAUUAAGGGAAGAGUCUUCUCUAAACUAAAGAACCUGAAGAAACUUCACAUUAACUACAACAAUUUGACUGAAGCUGUUGGACCACUUCCCAAAACUCUAGAUGACCUGCAAUUAAGUCACAACAAGAUCACAAAAGUCAAUCCAGGUGCAUUUGAGGGGCUGAUGAAUCUGACUGUCAUUCACCUCCAGAACAACCAGCUGAAAGCAGAUUCUAUUUCUGGGGCUUUUAAAGGCCUGAAUUCACUUUUGUAUCUUGACUUAAGCUUCAAUCAACUUACAAAGCUACCAACAGGACUGCCUCACUCCCUGCUCAUGCUGUAUUUUGAUAAUAACCAGAUUUCCAAUAUUCCUGAUGAGUACUUCCAAGGUUUUAAAGCUCUGCAAUAUUUACGUUUAUCCCACAAUAAAUUAACAGAUUCUGGAAUACCAGGUAAUGUCUUCAACAUCACAUCACUAGUUGAGUUGGAUCUCUCCUUCAAUCAGCUGAAGAGCAUUCCAAUUGUCAGUGAGAACCUGGAAAACUUCUACCUCCAAGUCAACAAAAUUAACAAGUUCCCACUGAGCAGCUUCUGUAAGGUGGUUGGACCGACGACCUAUUCCAAGAUCACCCACCUGCGUCUGGAUGGAAACAACCUCACUCGGGCUGACCUGCCACAGGAGAUGUACAACUGCCUUCGAGUGGCCGCUGAGAUUUCACUGGAGUACUGCCAAGAUACUUCCCUUAGCCUCUGUGAAGAUACCAUAUGUCCUGACUCAAGCUAUUACAGUCUAACAACAGGGACCAAUAGAAAGAGAAGAAGAUCCAAGAAAGCUGAGGCAAACACCAUGAUUCUAAAAGUCUAUACAAGCCUUUUGCUCUUAUUUUUGGUCAAUUCCGUGUGGACUCGAACUGUGAGACAAGUUUAUGAUGAUCUGGAUCCUGGCCAUUGGUCUCACUAUACCUCUGAGUGUCCACAGGAGUGCUUUUGUCCUCCUAGUUUCCCCAAUGCAUUAUACUGUGAUAACAAAGGACUUAAAGAAAUACCUCCAAUCCCAGCCAGAAUUUGGUACCUCUAUCUUCAAAACAAUCAAAUUGAAACAAUUUCAGAGAAGCCUUUUGCCAAUGCCACUCAUCUGAGGUGGAUAAAUCUGAACAAGAAUAAGAUCACAAACAGUGGGAUUGAGAGUGGUGUGCUGAGCAAGCUGAAAAGACUGCUUUACUUAUUCCUUGAAGAUAAUGAAUUGGAAGAGGUGCCUGCUCCAUUACCAGUGGGUCUGGAACAGCUAAGACUAGCUAGAAACAAAAUCUCCAAAAUCCCAGAGGGAGUCUUCAGCCACUUGGAAAACCUUACUAUGUUAGACCUGCACCAGAACAGUUUGUUGGACAGCGCUCUUCAAAGUGACACCUUCCAAGGACUCAACAACCUUAUGCAGCUCAACAUAGCAAAAAAUUCACUCAAGAAAAUGCCUUUAAGCAUUCCAGCUAAUACACUGCAGCUGUUUUUGGACAACAACUCCAUCGAAGUUAUACCAGAAAACUACUUCAGUGCAAUACCCAAAGUGACUUUCCUUAGGCUGAACUACAAUAAAUUAUCUGAUGAUGGUAUCCCUCCAAAUGGGUUUAAUGUUUCAUCUAUUCUAGACCUACAGCUGUCCCACAAUCAGCUCACUAAAAUUCCACCAAUCAAUGCUCACCUGGAGCACCUUCAUCUUGAUCACAACAAAAUCAAAAGUGUCAAUGGUACUCAGAUAUGCCCAGUUUCCAUUGCCCUAGAAGAAGAUUACGGUUAUUAUGGCAACAUCCCUCGUCUCCGAUACCUUCGUCUGGAUGGAAAUGAAAUUCAGCCUCCAAUCCCACUGGACAUCAUGAUUUGUUUCCGACUACUUCAAGCUGUUGUCAUAUAA